AUGGAAAAUCUUAAUCCACAAAGGUUUGCAGAAACAAAUUUGCUAAUAUGGGACAGAACCCUUGGGUUGCCACUAGAGAGAUCAAGAAGAUCCCUUGGGUUACCAGCCACUCCCAAUGCCAUCAUAGAAGAAGACCCUAUUAUGUGGAUUGGUUUGGAAAUAAAGGCACUUCUUCAAAAUGUUGGGAAAUCUUUUUGUCCAAAUUAUGUGGAUUGGUUUGGAUUUGAAGCUGCUGAUAUACCUCCAAGAAGUGCUGAUAAAUCAGUUGUUUCCAAAUUUCUACAAACAAAUCCUUCUGAUCAUACUACCUUUAAAUUAAAGGAAAUGGUCAGAUUGAUGAAAGAAAAACGUUUUCCUGCUGCUUUCAAGUGUUACUAUAAUUUCCACAAAAUUAAUUCGAUAUCUAGUGAUAAUCUUCAUUAUAAAAUGGUGAUCCAUGUGCAUAGUGAUUCAACCUUCAGGAGAUACCAAAAAGAGAUGAGAUUCAAGCCAGAUUUAUGGCCACUAUAUCGAGUUACGACUUAUGACACAGCUGCGAACUUUCUUGAUUCGCAACGGGUUGUCGAUUCUUUUCAAAGAAGGCAAAUGAAGAUAUGGAAUACAUCACCAGGAAAGCAGAGACAACUCAGUAAGAUGUUGGAUGAAUGGGCAGUGUACAUAAGAAGGAAAUACGGGAACAAACAAUUGUCAUCAUCAAUCUACUUGAGUGAAGCUGAGCCUUUUCUUGAACAAUAUGCCCCUAAUGAAGAAGUAUGGAGCCAGGUCUUGGGGUGGCAUAUCCAUCUUACAAUACAAAACAAAACCACAAUAGAGUUAAAAUUGUGCCAAAGCAUUUCUUAUGCUGCAGUUGCUGCUCAUGCAUAUCAGACUAGCAGGAGGAAAUUAGCACCUUUCCAGGUUGCUUUGUUACUAGGCAUUGGGGAAGAAGAUACAGCCCCGACUAAGGCAACUGAAAGUGGCGAUACUGAUCUUGUUUAUCUUGUUCUCUUUCAUAUAUGGCAGAAGAGACUACCAUUAGAAUUAUUUGGAAUGAUACAAGCUAGACCUAUUGUGCACGAUCUAUUCAUACGAGACUCAAGAUAUCAUAUUUUGGCAUGGCUAAAAGCUUUGGAGGAAACGGACUCAAGAAAAAGUAAACGCACAGAGAGUUGUUGGCACAUAGUAAGCUAG